CAUAAGGUCCAAAGCCCUUCCACGAAAAGUCAAAGUUUCCAAGUUCCAAGGGUCGAGAACCUUUCUCCUCGUUUACUCCCUUGUACUGAUAUUUUCCUGGUUCAAACUUCUCCAAAAAAGAGUCCAAGACUUCUUAAACCUACACUUCACCUCAAUCAAUUCUCCAUUCCCCAUUCUCCAUUCUCCACAUUCACUCGUUUCUUAUCCUCUGCCUCUGCCUCUGCCUCUACCUCUACCCUCUACCUCUACCUCUACCUCUACCUCUACCUCUACUCUACACACCUAAACAACCUAAACACCAAUUCAAUUCUCUGGUCCUCAAAUCGAUAAUCUAUCUUCCUAUCGAUUAAUCUAUGACAAAUUGGAAAAUCCUUUCAAUUGUCAAAAUCAAUUAGUCUACCGUACUCAAUUCAUUGAUAGAGUGGUCAAUAGUGGAGAAUUCCUACCGCACUCAAUUAUUGCCUCUUCAUCUCUUCCCUCAUCAAUCCUACCCGACUACCAACCACAACUCUGCCAACGACCUUUAAAUAUCCUCAAUCUACCGGUUUUUUUAUGAUUGAUAAUCUACUUGCUCUUCAAUUCUUGAAGGUACGAACGAGGAAGUCACCAGGCUUAGAAAUAACACAAAGGUCAAACGAAGAGGAGGCCGUUUAUUUCGAGUACAGGUCGUCUCGACCUUGAACCACACACAUACUUCAUCACCAGUCAAUUAACCAUAAUACCGGAAGGUAUUACCAUCGAGAAAAAAUGGCGGUAGUCCUCAAUUCGGAAGAAAAUGCCUAUUUCUCGUCAAGUCCUCUUCGUCGAUCACAUUCGCAGCCCAAAUUCGUCACACAACCAUCAUCAUAUUCGAAAUCCCUAUCUCGAUCAAAUAGCGCAAAAUUCAACCCGAUAAUAUCUCCUAGUAAUUCCUCAAACUCUUCGGCGCCAUCUUCCCCACGAACCUUACAUGCCGAUUCUGUCUCCCCUUCGUACUCAUCAACACCAGCUAGCAGCUUGUCGCUCGAUAAUUGCGAUGAUGAGGACGAAGACGAUCACAUUUCCUUUCCCCCAUACGAUGACAUAGCAUACUGCGAUCAAAUCGAAGACUUGGAGCCACCAGCCAGUCCACACACAGGCGAUUCCUAUAGCGUUUCACCAACGUCAAACAGCACCUCCACCAUCUCUCGACCCGGCUCUCCCGAGGUACCGCAGGCACAUGCCGAGGAUGAUACAGCAUUACAAGCGAAACCUUCACGGCACGUAGAUUACUUGUCACAUAAUUGGAGGGAAGAGGAUAUAUGGGCAUCGUGGAAACUCAUUGUGUCGAAAGGCUGCGAAUAUUCCAAUCAUGAACGAUUAGAAAACGCCUCGUGGAGAACCUGGAUGAAGGCAAAGUAUGGGCUGAAGACAGUUUCACCAGAAACACUCAAUUGGUAGGCUUUGAUAAUUAUUCUGCUGCUAUCGUGGUCAGACGUGAUAGGAAAGUAACUAACAUUGCAUAGGUUGAAGGAUUGUGACGUGACUUGGCUAUAUGGUCCACUUCAACCCGGACCAACGGCAUUCAACGACCCGGACACCUCCCCUGUCAGCAGCAGCAGGCUUUCAAAAUCAAAUUCAUUCCUACAGAAGAAGCCGAUCCUCAAGAAACGAAGCAUGUCCGAAAUAAUGCUUCAGAGAUCUCUAUCGUCGUCGUCAUUACUCAAACAGGCGGCUGCUGCAGUCCAGGCACAGCAAUCUGGAGAUGCACAACGCCCCGGUAUAAUGAGGGCCUCAUCGGAUUAUGUCCCCUACGAAUUUGCAAGUAGGCAUGUAGAACAAGCUGAUUUAAGUAUGCUUUCAUCAGUUACAUCAUCUGGACUGAUCACUCCCGGCACUGAAAAGAAGCACAUUAGUUUCAAUGAACAAGUAUCGCAAUGUAUAGCUUUAGAAAUUAAGGGCGAUGAUGAUGAUGAGCCAGACUACAAUACUCAAGACUUUGACGAUAGUGAUUCUGAUGAUGGAGCUAUCAUGAUGAAGAGAAGCACUUCUAAGCGACCACUUCCACCAAUGAGGAAGAAGGUCAUCUCCAGAGUUAACUCCAUGGCAGACAGCAAGACGAUUGCAAUGUUGCCAUCUACAACACUUAAAUAUCGGGAAGACACACCGGAGCCUCAGGAAACAGCUAUGAAGCACAGCGGAUUUUUUCAUGGGACAAAACUAUCGCCGUCACCAUCUCAGGAAACCUUAAAGCCCUCGAAACCAUCAACGAGAAUGCUUUUAGGUGACGAUGACGAAGACGAUGAUAUCGACUGGCAACCAUCAAAUGCAUUCGCCCAUAGGAAGGAUAGCAUAUCAGUCACGCAAAAUCGAUUUAAAAGUCUCAGUACUUCCGAUUCUGUUGGUUCGAAUGGGGAGCCUUCCGGCAUGAGGAGGACACCAUCUGGUAUGUUUAUGCCUUGUGAAGAAGACGAAGAUGAUGCUGUAUCCGAAGGACUCUUUGGAAAAGUUGUCGACACUGUAAAUACAGCAAAGGACAUAGCACAUGUUAUCUGGAAUGUCGGGUGGAGGAGAUAAUUUUCAAAUGGGAUAAUCGAUAAUCCUGGCUCUCCAAAGAGUCUUACUGUCGUUUCAAGAGUUAAUUCCUGGAUUCGGAUACAAUUAAUGAUGGAAUAUAGCGUCGACGUAUCUACGGCGACUUUUGUACAUAAUACUAAAGCACAUAUUUGAUGCUGCAUUUACACUAGGUUUGGGAACCACAAAUUGGCAUGUGGUUGGCGUUUGGGAUGGGAUGGUUUUUUGCUUUUCGAAGGAGAUGGGGCUUGGGUGAUGAUAGCCAAAAUUGUAUUCUGGCAAUGGGUUACAUAUAAAGGGUACGGACGGAUCACGAUUCGGGGUUUGGGCUUUUACUGGGCACAGACGAGACCGGCUUGUCUUUGGUGGUGAGGAAAAAAUUGGGUUUACACUGUACAAUGGGGGUUUAUGGGUUAUGCGCAGGCACAGUUAUGAUGCACACCACAGAAGCAUAUUCGCUAUAAUGCGAAAUGAUGCACGCGAGACCUGGAAGAGAAGAGGAAGGAGAGGAGGGAAUAAUUGACGAAUUAUUGGGUACAUACACUCAAUACAAUAGUCAAAAAAAAAAGGGAAAUACCUAUACAAAGCAAAUAAU